ACUCCCUAUUAUUUUGUUAAGAAAAAGAGCUAAAAUAAUAAUUGGACAGGAACAAGAUUGGUCUUGAAUGAUGUCAUCAUCAUCUUCUUGUUCUUCGAUUCUUGCACUUCAAAUUCCAACAAGAAUGGAUUCUCAUUCUGUUGUGACGCAAAAGAUGUUUUUGAAACCUCUGAAUCUAAAUUUUGGCAGAGACAGAGGCAUCCAACAGCAGCUGCUGAAGCUGAACCAUCAUCAUCGCGUUUUGCCAUUACGGUGUUGUUCAGCCUCAACUACUUCCAGUGGGGACCACCUCCAUAACAAUGAUGCUGAUGUUGUUCUUCAUGUUCAGGGAAUGAUGUGUGAGGGAUGUGCUUCUAGUGUCAAAAAACUUCUUGAAACUCAACCACAAGUGUUAUCUGCUAAUGUGAAUCUAGCAUCGGAGAUAGCACUAGUUUCCCUUUCACCUUUGUUAUCUCAAGAGAAAACUGCAACAGAUUGGCAAAAGCAGUUAGGAGAGAAACUUGCACACCACUUAACAACAUGUGGUUUUACUUCUACCCUUAGAGGUCAAGAAGAUAGCGCCUAAAGGAGUGGUCGUCGAGAGUCAAUGGCAUGUCCUCAUUCAACAAAUUUGAAAGGUGAUUCUCUGAGGCUACUUGUGGUGAUUAUUGGAGAGCCGUGUAUGUGUGUUCAGGUGGCCCUGCAUGCUGUAGAAUUUACUGAUGUUCAAUCUUAAGUUAGCCAUUAAUCCCUAGUUAUCAAGAAAUUUGUAGACUCAUUUAUGUGAACUCUGGAUUUUGUGUAUAAUACUGAAUCAAGACAAUAAAUUUAUCCUGUUUACACUUUCUC